ACACUGUUUUCUCCUUGAUAUAUUGUGUGUGAGAAGGGAUAUCUAAGACCAGAAUAGAGAUAGUAUGGUUUGAAGUGAAAUGUGAGGAAGAAGCAAGUGUUAGAUGGAGCAGCAAACGAAAAGGCUAACAAAAGCAUUAAUCAAGAACAGCAGCAAUCCUCAGCUGGCAUGGCAACUCUUGAGACGCACUCUGUCUACCCCCAAUCCCCCACUCCAUUCAAUUCCUUCCCUUACCCGCAUCCUCCUCCGUUACCAAAUGCUUACCCAAAUACACACACUUCACUCUUUCCUCCUUUCUCUAUCCCCUCAUAUCUCUCUUCCUUCUCAAUACACCAUCGUCAAGCUCCUAGCUGCCCAUGACCACAUUCAUGACGCCAUUUCUCUCUUCCGCUCUACUCGCUCUCAUCACCCACCACCCGAAGUCUCACUCUACAAUUUGCUUAUACAGAAAUCUUUAAAAUUUGAUUUCCCCAAUUUUAUGUAUUGGUUGUAUGAAGAUAUGAUUUCCGCUUCCGUUUCCCCUGUUACUUAUACCUUCAAUCUUCUCAUUGAUGGACUCUGUAAUUCGGAUCGUUUGGAAGAUGCCCGCCACCUGUUUGAUGUUAUGCCUAACAAAGGGUGUCAGCCCAAUGAGUUCACUUUCGGGAUUUUGAUCCGUGGGUAUUGCAAAUUUGGACUUUCUUUACAUGGUUUGAAACUUCUGGAUAGGAUGAGGAUGAUGGAUGUUUGUCCUAAUGUGAUAAUCUACAACACUCUAAUAGCAAGUUUCUGCAAGAAAGGCGACGUUGAUGAGGCUGAGAGGUUGGUUGAGAGGAUGAGGGAGGACGGGCUAGUUCCUGAUGUUGUUACCUUCAAUUCUAGGAUCUCAGCUCUUUGCAACUCGGGGAAGAUUCUUGAAGCUUCGAGAAUUUUCAGAGAUAUGCAAAUCGAUGAGGUAUUCGGCUUGCCAAGGCCUAAUGUUGUAACUUUCAAUUUGAUGUUGCAGGGAUUUUGUGAGAAAGGGAUGCUGGAAGAAGCAAGGACACUGACAGAAUCUAUGAAGAAAGAUGAUAUUUUCUUUAAUGUGCAGAGCUACAAUAUCUGGUUGUGUGGACUGGUUAGGAAUGGAAAGCUGUUGGAGGCUCAAACAGUUCUGAAAGAAAUGUCCCAAAAUGGAGUAGAUCCCACGAUUUAUUCAUAUAACAUCGUGAUUGAUGGCCUCUGCAAGAAUGGGAUGCUUGGUGAUGCGAAAAUGUUGAUGAGCUUAAUGAUACAUGAUGGUAUAUUCCCAGAUACAGUUACGUAUAGCACUCUACUCCAUGGCUACUGCACAAAAAGUAAAGUGACUGAGGCAAAGAAUAUUCUGCAUGAGAUGAUGAAUAGUGGAUGCAUUCCAAAUAAAUACACUUGUAAUACUCUACUUCAUAGCAUGUGGAAAGAAGGGAAAGUAUCAGAGGCACAACAGUUACUGCAGAAGAUGAAUGAGAGAGGUUAUGGCCUGGAUACUGUGAGCUGCAACAUCGUGAUUCAUGGUCUUUGCCGAACUGGAGAGGUGGACAAAGCUGUUGACAUUGUGAGUGAAAUGUGGAGUCAUGGAAGUGUUGCCCUUGGCGAUCUUGGAAAUUCGUUUAUGAGUUUGGUUAACAAAGAUGAUCAUGGUAGGAAAUGUCUGCCUGACUUGAUCACCUAUUCAACCAUUAUUAACAGUUUAUUCAGAGAAGGGAAGCUUGAUGAAGCUAAGAAGAAGUUUAUUGAGAUGAUGAGAAAGAAGUUGUACCCUGAUUCAAUUAUUUACAAUACUAUUUUACAUCAUUUGUGUAAAGGAGGAAAGAUAUCAUCUGCAUUUCAAGUUCUAAAGGACAUGGAGAAGAAAGGUUGUAAAAAGAGCUUACGGACUUAUAAUUCUUUGAUACUCGGAUUGGGGAAUAAAAAUCAAAUAUUUGAAAUGUGUGGCCUGAUGGAUGAAAUGAGAGAAAAAGGAAUUUCUCCAAAUGUUUACACUUACAAUAUCAUGAUUGGAUGUUUAUGCAAAUCUGGGAGAACUGAAGAAGCAAUUCCUCUUUUGAAUGAAAUGUUUCAGAAAGGAAUAAUUCCUAAUAUUCAUACCUUUGAGUUACUUAUUAAAUCAUAUUGCAGGACUGGUGAGUUCAGACCAGCUCAAGAGGCAUUUGAUAUAGCCUCCAGUAUAUGUGGUCACAGUGAAGCGCUCUACGCACUGAUAUUCAAUGAAUUUCUUGCUGGCGGUGAAAUCUUGGAAGCUAAGAAAUUUCUGGAAACUGCAAUAGACAAACACUUAGAUCUAGGAAGUUUCCUUUACAAAGAUCUUAUAGACAAGCUCUGUAAGGUGGAGAAUUUAAAAGGUGCUCAUGAUAUUCUCACCAAGAUGAUGCACAUAGGGUAUGGGUUUGAUCCUGCAUCCUUCAUGCCAGUUAUUGAUGGCUUACAUAAAUUGGGACAAAAGCAUGAGGCAGAUGAACUAGCGGAGAGGAUGCUAGAGAUGGUUUCAGAAGGUAAGGUGGGUAAUAAAGCUUACCAAAACUAUAGGGAGUUAAAUCACAUAAAGCGAAGUAAAUAUGGCGGAGAUGGUUGGCAGGCAAUUGUUCACAGAGAUGAUGGAAGUGCAGCAGCCUUGAAAAAUUUGAAGCGGGUGCAGAAAGGGUGGGGUCAAGGAAGUAUAUCAUGUCUUCAAACUCCCAAAAAUGGUAUUUUGGAUGACUAAGAAACUAUUAAUUGGAUGUUCCAAGAAACUAUUAAUUGGAUGUUCCUUUCUUCGCGAUAGUGGAUUGUGAGUUUAGGGAAUUGGUAGCAAAACAUGAUCCCCUUGAAAACUAAACGAUGCAUCCAGAUAAAGGAAGCAUAUCUAGUUUCUAAGCCAUAAAUGAUUAUUGGGUCUGCCAUGGAUGCAAGCAAAUGGAGCUCUGUGCCAAUACAGGACAAUGAAUCACUCUUUGCAGUUUUAUAAAAGUUGUCGUUGUCACUUUUUUUGCUACUGCUCCAUUCCUGAUCUGGCCUUAAUAUAAUAUUUUGGAUGCACUUCAGUUUCAUUCUUCCUUUUUCAAUUAAAAAGCCAGAGAUUGAUUUGAUAGAAGAUGCAUACAUGAAAAUUGAAACAUUUGAGUUCUUUCACGAACUAGCUAAUAUUUUUAGCUACCUGGUGAAAGAACUCAAAUAUUAGCCACCUUCACCAGCUGAAGGAACUGCAGUAGCUGAAACCCCCAAAUCGGGUCUAUAAGUCUGAGCCCACAUCAAUUGUGGAACAUUGCUCUCUUGAUGACUGGGUCACGUGCUUGCGCUAAUCCAUUGUAAGUUUCAUAUUACUGCCUCCAAGUUAUGAAUAUGAAUCAAGUAUCAUCAAUUUCCACUGUUUGAAGACUAUUUUUGAAGAAAAAAGAAUGAUCAGGGAUCCAGCUGCAAUGAGUGACUAUGGGAACUUCUCAAUGUUUACCAUUGGAGAACCUAUGGAAGAACUAGAGAAGUGAGAACCCAGACAUGGGUGUACUCUGGGAGGAAAAAUUAGCAGUGUUGGAGAUAAGCAGAUAUCUAAUUUAACAUUGUCUCAUUGGGUGAACUACAUUUUAUGUACAAUUAUGAACUAUCUUACUAUGCACUUUUGUGAAGGGACGAGAGGGAAGAUCUCAAUAUUGUAUUUCCUGCCCAAAUAUUGUAUAUAGUCUAUACUUCCUCUUUGAGUUUCAUUGUAGUGGUGACUUUGAGAAUAUCGACCAAUUUGUUCAUUAACUGAAAAUAUAUUAGCAAGAAGAAUUGUUUGCAUCCCCUUGA